AAUGUCUGGUUAUGCUGAGAGGCAGAGAAUGAGACCUGUGUAACCAAGCCUACCCCUCUCUGUCAGUAGGCUACAGCAUAAACUAGGUUACACAGGGAGCCGCACUCACAACUGAUCGCUCGUUCUCUCGUAAAUAUUGCUACCCGGGACUGGAAUACUCCCUGUAAUCCCACGGAAAGACAAGAUCAACGUCAAUCAAUCGGUGUACUUCGCUUCACAAACGAGGGCGAACAGCUGCUCCUGACCCAAGAUCAGUGAUGGGAGGGUGACCCUGUCCCGUCGCCCACUACGCCUGAUCGUCCCAUGUGGCAGCCGCAUGCAUCAUUAUGACCGUGUUACCUCCCUCAACACCUCUAAUAAAGUCACAUCUCACAAGAGGGUCUCUGUGGAUUGAAUACCCCCAUGCCUGCAGGGCCUGAUGACUAAGAGAUGUGGUCGUGAUCAUUAUUCCACUGGCAGAGCUUUUCACUAAGCAAGGCGGCUUACCCUGUCCCACGACUCAACUUACCCCAUACCUGACUGGCCUGCACAGAGCCCUGACCUCAACCCCAUCGUACACCAUUGGGAUGAAUUGGAACGCCGACUAUGUCAACAACCACAGAAAAUGGAGUGGGAGGGUAUCGGAACACAAGCGGAGAGAAAACAUACAAAAAGACCACGUCGUCGGCCCUGAAGGGGGCCAUCCAGUUGGGCAUCGGCUACACGGUGGGAAACUUGACCUCCAAACCUGACAGAGAUGUUCUCAUGCAGGACUUCUACGUUGUGGAGAGUGUCUUCCUGCCUAGUGAAGGGAGCAACCUGACACCGGCGCACCACUACCCAGACUUCCGCUUCAAAACCUACGCCCCGCUGGCCUUCCGCUACUUCCGAGAGCUCUUCGGGAUCAAACCAGAUGACUACCUGUACUCCAUCUGUAAUGAGCCUCUGAUUGAGCUGUCCAAUCCCGGGGCCAGCGGCUCUCUGUUCUACCUGACCAGCGAUGACGAGUUCAUAAUCAAAACCGUUCAGCACAAAGAGGCAGAGUUUCUCCAGAAACUACUCCCAGGUUACUACAUGAACCUGAACCAGAACCCACGCACACUGUUGCCUAAGUUCUACGGUCUGUACUGCAUCCAGUCUGGAGGCGUCAACAUCCGGCUGGUGGUGAUGAACAACGUGCUGCCGCGCUCUGUCAAGAUGAACUACAAGUACGAUCUAAAGGGCUCCACCUACAAGAGACGUGCCUCCAGGAAGGAGAGGGAGAAGGCCUGUCCCGUCUACAAGGACCUGGACUUCCAGGACAUGCAUGAAGGGCUCUACUUCGACGCUGACACCUACAAUGCCCUGAUGAAGACCCUACAGAGAGACUGCCUGGUGUUGGAGAGCUUUAAGAUCAUGGACUACAGUCUGCUUCUGGCCGUGCAUGUCCUGGACCAAAGCCCGAAGGAGGGCGGCGAGCCGGGCCAGGCAGGGGGGGACGGCAAGCGGCCCGUGGCCCAGAGGGUCCUCUACUCCACAGCCAUGGAGUCUAUCCAGGGGGACGGCAAGGCUGCUGAGGCCCACACCACAGACGACACGAUGGGUGGAAUUCCUGCCAAGUCACACAAAGAAGAGAAGCUGCUUAUUUUCCUGGGCAUCAUCGACAUCCUGCAGUCCUACAGAUUCAUUAAGAAGUUGGAACACUCAUGGAAAGCCCUGGUCUACGACGGCGACUCUGUCUCGGUGCACCGGCCUGGUUUCUAUGCCAACCGAUUCCUCAAGUUCAUGAGCACUUCGGUGUUCCGGAAGACUCAGACCAUUCGCUUCUCCCCCUCUAAGAGGACUCGUACAUCCAUCCCUGCUCUGAAGUCGUCCUCUCAGGAGAUCCUGUCUUCUCAGAAGGAAGAGAAGGAGGAGGAGAGGAGGCAGAGGCUGGGAGGAGCACGCAGUCUGGCCAGUCUAGACGGACAAGUGUUUGGCUCCUACCUGCGUCCUGACCUAGUCCCUGACACCCCGUCUUCCUACGAGGGCUCCUCCAUGGGAACCAUCUCCUCCUCCUCCCUCUACCUGGAGACCCAGUCUGAAGACAGAGAUGAAAUGGCGUCUAGCUCCACAUUCACCCUGGAGGACAGCGCCAUCUGUCUGACGUCAGAGCAGAGCACCAUGGACGUAGAGGUGGACAUAGACCGGGACGAUGGCUCAGUGCUCGAUGUCUACUUAUGAAAGGGGAGGCUUACAGACUACCUUUUCCUCCACCAUCUUACUUUUGUCAAUCGUCUGACAAUCGCUACACUCCAUUGGACAGGGCUCCUUUGACUCCACCCCCAGUGCUGCUAAAUCCACUCUGCCACUAUUGCCAAACACAAAGGACUGGGAUGCUCACACCUGAUAGGCUGAUGAACUAAACAAGACACAAAUGCAAUUACAUGACAUUCCUUAAUUCAUGUGAUCAAUUUCAGACCUUACCAAGUGAUGUUUGUUAGAGCAUGUCAGUGAAGUCCCUCAAAUAUUUUCUUUCAUGGCCUAUAAAGUAAUUAUAUAUAUAAAAGCAUAUAUAGAAAAUAGAAAUAUACAUUCAUUUGAAUGUUUUCAUUUUCCUGCUGACCAGAAGUUACACUUUCUUCGUAGUAGCUGGUUGGAUAAUGAACAUUUAGUUACAUCUUGGCCAUUGCAGCAGUGACAUGGAAAACACACAAGGCCAAUAUGGAUGAGGCUGGACUCAUUAUGCUGUAAAAAGAACAGAUAGUAUAUUCAUUCUGAAACCACCAAGCCAAGGCCAAACUAAAGACUCAUUGGCUGGUAUGUUGAAGGUACCAAACCAACCCAUUGCUAUUCAUUCCAAUCAGACAGGACUAAAGUAAAGGAGCAGUUUGAAGGCAGCAUGUUAAGGGCUGCUGUUGACCUGAGAGGAGAGGAGACCCAGCCGGUCAAUGUUCUUGGAUCUUCAGCUUCAUUGAAGAGGAUGGUGAUUUACACUCGCUCCUGUCAAAAUGGCACUUUGGAUGUUAGUUAUGAUUAAUAACUUUUUUCCUUGACAAACGUUGGGUUGUGGAAUAUGCAAAUGUUUAUAUUAUGCACACCUAUGUAUGUCAUAAGUACAUGUGCACAGACAAGGACUAUGGUAGAUUUUUUGAUGCACAGAAACUAAUUUUAUAGAGGGGUGUCAACUGAAGAUUUCUCAGGAUAUCCUUUGAUACUGAAGAACGAGUGUGUCCUCUGUAUUGUUAACUAACCAGUAGUUUGCCUCCAUUUUAGACUGAGAAGAUGAUCUGACACAAAUCCUGAACUCUGAUUACACCUGUCGGUUUUGACUAUAAUUUAUUAAAUAUACAGUUUGCUGAAGAUAAAUAUUUUAAUCACUGAAUGUAAGACUAUAAAUAGAGAAUCCUAUAAAUAAAAAUGUGUUCCACUUG